AUGGCAGGCGAACCGACUGCCAUCGAAGGCGAGAAGUCACCUGCCGCCGACCCCUGGGGAACGACAACAACAACUGACGCGACUAGCGCAGCUCCUUCCUCAGAGCCUAUCGAUCCUAAUCAGAAUGCAUCAACCUCGCCGCCGGCCGACGACCAGCCCGCCCCGCGCAAGAGGCACCCGCCCCAGUUCUGGAUAGUCAUCAUCUCGCUGAGCCUGCUCGCAUUCAUCUCGGCCCUGGACACCAUGAUCGUCACGACGGCGCUGCCGACCAUCACAGAGGAGCUCGGCGGCGCCACCGAGUACGUGUGGAUCGGCAACUCGUUCGUCUUCGCGUCGUCGGUCCUGCAGCCACUCGUGGGCCAGCUCGCCGACAUCCUGGGCCGCAAGAUGCCCACCGUCGUGUCCAUCGUCCUCUUCAUCGUCGGCAGCGGCAUCGCCGGAGGGGCGAACAACACGGCUGCCUUCAUCGCGGGGCGGGCCGUCCAGGGCGUCGCCGGCGGCAUAUACGUCCUGAUUGAUAUCGUCUGCUGCGACCUGGUGCCCCUGCGAGACCGCGGCAAGUACCUCGGAAUCGUCAACGGCUGGGCCGGCGUCGCUGCGGCGCUGGGGCCUGUGCUGGGCGGCGUGCUGGCCCAGGCGAACUGGCGCUGGAUCUUCUGGAUGAACAUCCCUAUCUGUGUGCUGCCUCUGGCUCCCAUUGCACUCUACUUGCCCGCUAAGAAGGGGCACGUCUUGUCUGGGCUCCGCCAUGUCGACUAUCUGGGAACUCUAAUCUUCAUCCCCGCCAUCGUGGCGGUCUUGUUCGGCUUGGUUACUGGAGGGGUGUUGUACCCAUGGUCGUCGUGGCGUGUCAUUCUCAGCUUGGUACUCGGCUUCCUCGGCUGGAUCGCCUUUCACAUCCAGCAGAACUUUGCAAAGAACCCCAGCGUCCCCACACGUCUGUUCAGCAACCGCACGUCGGCCAUCGGCUUCGUCUUGACAUUCCUGGGCUCCGUUGCUCUUCAGGCCCUCGGCUACUUCCUCCCCGUCUAUUUCCAAGCUGUCUUGACCACGUCGGUUCGCCAGUCGGGCAUCAACUUCCUCCCCGUCGCAAUAGGCUGCCUCUUCUUCGCAGCCAUUGCUGGUAUCGCACUGAGUGCAUUUGGCUUUUACAAGCCCAUUCAUGGUAUUGCCUUUGGUCUCUCGAUAUUGGGAUACGGGCUGUUCACAAUGAUCGAUGAAAACACCAAAACGGUUGCCUGGGCCUUCUUCGAACUCAUCGCCGCUGGUGGGCUGGGAAUGACCAUCUCAGCUGUGCUGCCUUCCAUUCUAGCGGGGCUCUCGCAGGCCGACGUGGCCUCUGCCACGGCGACAUUUUCUUUCAUCAAGACUUUUGGUUUCAUAUGGGGUGUCACCGUGCCCUCUGUCAUCUUCAACGGAGCAGUCAACGACCGUGUGGACCAUGUUUCUUCGCCGGCUUUACGAGACCAGCUCAGGGAUGGCAGAGCAUAUGCUUUUGCUAGCCAGGCGCAGCGCGUCUCUCGCACAUUGGACUCAAACCUGUGGGGUGAAGUUGUCCACGUCUAUGUUGAGAGCCUGAAACCAAUCUGGUGGUUUGGGCUGGGUAUCAGCGUUUUCGCCUUCUUGCUAGUGUUUUUGGAGAAAGAAUUGCCACUGUCAAAGGAGCUGCACACAGAGUAUGGCCUGGAAGAGAAUAAGCAACCCGCAUCCACCGAAGCCACGGCCAAGGCGCAAGUGUAG